AUGAGUGACGAAGAUAGAUGCUUUAAAUGCCAGGAAAGAGGGCAUUAUGCAAGAAACUGUCCGAAUCAAGGCGGUGGAAGACGUUUCGGUGGUGCAGAUGGAUGUCACAGUUGUGGACAAUCAGGACAUUUUGCUCGUGAAUGCCCCAAGCAACGUUCGAGCGGCGGUCGUUUCGGACGUGGUACUCGUGGCGGACAAAGUGAAUGUUAUCAGUGCGGUGGCUAUGGACAUUUUGCACGUGAAUGUCCAUCAGAACGUCGCGGUGGAAGCGACGACCCAAAAUGUUAUAAUUGCGGGAAAUUCGGGCAUAUAUCACGUGAUUGUCCCGACACUGGGACGGAUCAAUCCAAACGAUGCUAUAAUUGCCAAGAAAUCGGCCAUAUUAGCCGUGAUUGUCCUCGUCGUGACUGA